UAUUGUUUCUAUCCAGCAAGAACUUGAACGAACCAACAAACAAAACAAUCAGAAAACACAACUCAAAAAUGGCAUCGUAAAGUGCCACGUCUUCCAUUGGCGUGGGUUCUACGGCUACCAAAGCAAGCGCCGUGGAGGUUAUUCCUACAACUCGAAACCAAGAAGUUUGGGUUCAUUACGAGUUAUGUAAAAUGUCGUUUGGACCAAACAAAGCUCGAUGCGUUCAUUGUGGAGCUAUGUUGAAGUCUGAUUCGAACACGACGUUGAAAAAACACCUGUCAACGUAUUGCAAACUUUUGAGGAAUGAUCCGAACCAAGGUCAACCACCAUUGUCAAGCGACGGGAAAAUUUGGCAUUAUGACGUCGAGUCGGUUCGCGGAGGAUUCGGAAAUUUCGUGAUUCAACAAGGUUUGCCAUUUCAAUUCUUUGACAACCAAAGAUUGACCCGUCUCAUCCAAAGAGUUCUACAACCACGUUAUAACCAAGACUAUUUGGAUGCGGCGGAGCGGAUUCAACAUGUGGAGUCACUUGAAGAUGAAAAUGGCGUUGAAACGGAUAUACACGAGGAAGAGGUCGAAAUGGGAAUGUCAAGCCCACUAGAAGAAGACUAAACGGAGACGAUCAAAAAAUGAAGACGACCAAAAAGUAUGCACUUUGAUGUAAUCUUGUUUAAUUAUUAGGUUUCAAGCAUUAAGACUUUUAGUUCUUAUGAUUUAACAAAAUUAUGUAUGCACUUUGAUGUAAUCUUGUUUAAUUAUUAGGUUUCUAAUGAUAUUUGCAACCGCUACUUAAUUA